UUGAACGCGCCCAUUUUCACCCCAUUUCCUGUCGGACGGAAUCAAGUAUUUCGGCCGUAUACGAUUGACAGUUGAAGUCUUCCGCAUAAUAUGCUAAAGACAGCGGGGUGUAAGAAGAAAACAACAGGUAGCUAGCUAUACAAUUUAGCAAUCAAAAAAAAAAGGUAAGAUAACAAUUUCACUGCAACACAGCCUAGCUCAUUUGCAUAUUUUCAUUAAUAAUUAUUUCUUCAGAUAGCUACAUUAUUACAAUAGUUUCAGUGUCGAAAUCAUUUGCUCGUAUGAAGAAUAAUUUUGUUGGGCGCAAUACUGCCUGCUCACGAGCUGCCAAAAAAGCUCUCGGUGCACGGAGUCAGUGUCUUGUUUUUUCCUCGAGCGUCUGUCGUGUCUGCAUUUGUUGUUGUGCUGAAUUCGCUGCCAUAUAUGGACAUCUAUUAAACCAGUUUAACGGAUCAUAAUGAUUUAAUAUCACUAACCCCAAUUUGCAUUAGGUAAAGUAACUGCAUAUUUGUGAUUAGUUGAUAUAUUUGGAACAGAACUUGCAACAAUGUAGCCGAAUGCCCCAUUACAAGAAACUCACAUAGCCACAUUAACCGCAGCAGUGAGGGGGUAGUUGCAGUAGUCUCGCGUUGCGAUAACUCCAAAGUCACGUCGUUGACUGUUUUAAGGAAGACUGGGGCCUUAUUUAUAAAGGUUUUGUAUGCUCAAAAUAUGCCCCAAAACAUGCGAUGCGAGCGUUAGUUUUCACGCCAAAUUUGGCAUUUAUAAAAACAGAACUUGUCUUGAAUGUGCUUUUCCUCCCGCAAGCUUUAGACCAUGCGUAAGCACAGUUUCUAUUGCAUUGCAAGAAGGCUAAAGUAGCCUAGUAGCCUUGUGCAGGAAUAUGACACUUAUUCAUAACAAAAACAGGUAAAUAAAUAACAAGAUGCAAACAUUAGUGAGAAGAGCUAAAAUCGAUGUAUUUUAUCUUUGCAUUCUAAAAUAAUUAGAAAUAGGCAUUACAUUUAUAUUUAAGGCCUUAUCCAGAGCGACUUAGUACAUUAGUCUUAAAAUGGCUAGGUGGGACAACUGCAAUCAGUCAUAGUAAGUACAUUUUUCUUCAAUCAAGUAGCAAGUAGGCAUCUAUUUCCAAUUAUUUAUUUCAUUUCCAUGAUCAUUGCAGAAUAAAUUAAUCACCUUUUCUGACUGAUGGUUUCAUAGUCGCAAAUAGCCUAUAAACCUACAACAAGUUAGGAUAGGCUACCAUUAAUCCCAUAUAAUUGGUCCCACUUCAGUAGUAAAUAGAUAAGCUAUUUCAAGUAUUUUGCUUUGUGAUCCGAUGCGCAGUUUAAUGGUAGAACAGAUGGCUCACUUUUUCCACUGAUGUUUGUAGGCUACGUCUGAAUACCAUGAUGUCAAAUUUCUCGAGUAGACAAUAUCAUUUAUAAACAUAAUUCAUACACUGAGUGUACAAAACAUUAGGAACACCUUCCAAAUAUUGAGUUGCACCCCCUUUUGUCCUCAGAACAGUCUCAAUUCGUCAGGGCAUGGUCUACAAGGUGUCGAAAGCGUUCCACAGGGAUGCUGGCCCAUGUUGACUCCAAUGCUUCCCACAGUCGUCAAGUUGGCUGGAUGUCCUUUGGGUGGUGGACCAUUCUUGAUACACACAGGAAACUGUUGAGUGUGACGAAACCAGCAGCGUUGGUGGUUCUUGACACACUAAAACCGGUGCACCUGGCAUCUACUACCAUACCCCUUUCAAAGGCACUUAAAUGUUUUGUCUUGCCCAUUCACUCUCUGAAUGGCACACAUACACAAUCCAUGUCUCAAUUUUCUCAAGGCUUAAAAAUCAUUCUUUAAUCUGUCUCCUCCCCUUCAUCUACACUGAUUGAAGUGGAUUUAACAGGUGGCAUCAAUAAGGGAUCAUAGCUUUCACUUGGAUUCACCUGGUCAGUCUGUAUUUAUUAUGAAUCCCAAUUAGCUGCUGCCAAGGCAGCACCUACUCUUCCUGGGGUCCAGCAAAAUUAAGUCAGUUAUACAAUUGUAAAAACAUUACAAUACAUUCACAACAGAUUUCACAACACAUUAAGUGUUUGCCCUCAGGCCCCUACUCUACUACCACAUAUCUACGACACAAAAUCCAUGUGUACGUGUGUGUAUGCAUGUGCCUGUGCCUAUGUUUGUGUUGCUUCACAGUCCCCGCUGUUCAAUAAGGUGUAUUUGUAUCUGUUUUCUAAAUGGAAUUGUACUGCUUGCAUGAGGAAUACUACUUGAUGUGGAAUAGAGUUCCAUGCUGUCAUGGCUCUACGUAGUACUGUGCGCCUCCCAUAGUCAGUUCUGGACUUGGGGACUGUGAAGAGACCUCUGGUGGCAUGUCUUGUGGGGUAUGCAUGGGUGUCUGAGCUGUGUGUCAGUAGUUCAAACAGACAGCUCGGUGCAUUCAACAUGUCAAUACCUCUCACAAAUACAAGUAGUGAUGAAGUCAAUCUCUCCUCCCCUUUGAGCCAGGAGAGAUUUAAAUGCAUAUUAUUAAUGUUGGCUCUCUGUGUACAUCCAAGGGCCAGCCAUGCUGCCCUGUUCUGAGCCAAUUGCAAUUUUCCAAUUUGUGGCACCUGACCACACGACUGAACAGUAGUCCAGGUGUGACAAAACUAGGGCCUGUAGGACCUGCCUUGUUGAUAGUGCUGUUAAGAAUGCAGAGCAGCGCUUUAUUAUAGACAGACUUCUCCCCAUCCUAGCUACUGUUGUAUCAAUAUGUUUUGACCACGACAGUUUACAAUCCAGGGUUACUCCAAGCAAUUUUUGUCUUUUCGAAACAUUCAGAUAGGCUACAGCAAAUGUCACUGCAAAAGAAAACAUUUUGCCAACAUCUCCAAAGACAUUUGAUCUAGUUCGCCAUUGAUAUUUUUCCUUUAGAUAAAGUCUUGGUCUAAUUCCAUUACUUCCAAGUUAUAGAGCAAAUAAGUGUAUAAUUGUCACAAUAAAAGAUUAAUGAUGGGCGUUUUUCAGGUGGAGUUAAAAUGCUUGUUCAUGCGCGCACAGAUUCACGACAGGUCUGAUUUUAUAACGGGAAACAUGCAUAUGCAUGGCGUGUGCUAAGUUGAUAAAUCUCAAUAUUUUUGUGUGUGUGCAGUCUUUUCAGAAAUGGCGCAUGCAGAUAUUUAGUGUAAAAUGUAUGCAACGGUAAUAAAUGAGGCCCCUGGUUCUCGAUGAGGGUACAGUGGUAGCAAUGCAUUAGUAAACAAUCAUCAGUAUUGGCCAGAGGUCUCAUUUAUAACCGUUGCGUAAAUUUGAUACAAUCUGCGUGCGCCAUUUCUCAAAAGCCUACGCACUCACAAAAAUAUUGUGAUUUCUAAACUUGGCGCACACCAUGCACACGCAUGUUUCCCGUUAUAAAUCAGACCUGUCGUAAAACGGUGCGCGCGCCUGAAAAACGCAGCAUCUAAAGGAAAUAGCAAUGGCCAACUUGAUCAAAUGUCUUUUGGAGGUGUUGGCAAAAUGUUUUCUUUUCCAGUGACAUUUGCUGUAGCUGACUGUAUCUGAAAGUCAAAAACAAUUGCAAAUGGUUGUGGACCUGUAAACAGAUAUUUUGAAUUUAAUGUUUUGCAUUUACUUUUUCCCAAACUUAAAUAUGCUGCACUGCCCGCAAAUUCUGAAACAUUGUCUACUCUGAAAUGUUAUAACUACAGUAGGCCUACUUACAGUGGUAGCCUACACACUUCAAUGCAAAAUAUCAACUGUCUGUUCACCUGUUAAAUUCUACUGUAUGUUAUAAACUGUGCUCCCUUUUGGAUGCAUAGAUAAAAAACUUGAAAUUAUACAACAUUUUACUUUUUUUUUUUUUUACUAGUCUAUCUAAUAGGCCCAAGUAAAUGAGAGAUGGUUUUGCUGGUUUUGUCACACUCAACAUGUAAUUUGUUGUAUGGCUACUUCAGGAAUAUUAACUCAUCAUGGCCAGAAAAGGUGAGGAAUUUAUUCUGCAAAGGAUAUGAUGGGUAUAUGCAUUAUGUUUAUGAUUGAAAUAUUGUCUACUCGAGAAAUGUUACAUUACAGUAUUCAGAUGUAGGCUAGCCUACAAACGUCAAUGGAAAAGGUGUACAGUCUGUUCAAUCGUUAAAUGGAUCGGAUAGAGCAAAAUACUGUAUUUACUACUCUGAAGUGGGCCCAAUUAAAUGAGCGAUGGGACGAUGGUAGCCUAUCCUAACUUGUUGUAGGCCUAUAGGCUAUUUCCCGAGGAUGAAACUAUCACAGUAAGAAAAGGUGAAUAAUUUAUUCUGCAAUGAUCACGGAAAUGAAAUAAAUAAUAGGAAAUAGAUGCCUAUUUCUAAUUAUUUUAGAAUGCAAAGAUAAAACCAGUUUUUUUUUUUGUAUGAAUAAGAGUUUCAUCAUAUAUUCCCCAUUUGCACAAGGCUACGACUAGUCUACUUUUGCCUCCUUGCGAUGCAAUAUUUCAACCACUAGAAACUAAAGCCCUCAAACUCAAUUCUGGACCUCGAAGCCAGUUCCUCUGCCUUUUUUCAUUGUUCCCCUCUAAUCAGGGACUAAUUUAGACCUGGGACACCAGGAGGGUGCAAUUAAUUAUCAGAACAGAAAAAGCUCCUGACCUCGUAGGGUAAGAGUUGAAUACCCCUGCUCUAAAGUUAGCGGGAGGAUAAGCACGGUCUCACGUCAAGUUCAGGUUUUAUGCCAACUUUUGCGUGAACUGGUGCACGCAAGUUUUGGGGCAUAUUUUGUUUGUACACAACAUUUAUAAAUGUGGCCCCGGGGAUGGGCAACUCCAGACCUCUGGGGCCGAAGUGGUUUCACACUUUUUUCCCCAUCCCUAGCAAACACAGCUGAUUUAAACUAAUUGCAUUCUAAACUGAAGAUCAUGAUUAGUUGAUUAUUGGAGUCAGGUUUGUUAGCUGGGGCAAAAGUGUAACACCAAUCAGGCCCCCGAGGACUGGCGUUGCCCAGCCUAUCAAUGUAGAAAGUUGCCAUUGCUACAAUUGAUUAGACUAAUGUAGCUUCUGUACCUACUGUGCUAUUGUACUGUAGGCCAAUAUAACCCUGAUCAGAAUUUUGUAUAACCCUGAACUACCUCACCUAGUUAAGGGCUUGAUGAUUAGUUUACAAGUAACCUAACGUAGCAGGCGUAAAAGAAACGCCUGAGCUGCGUUUCUUUCUUUCUGGUCCUGAUGAGGGGAAAAAAACUGCAUUGGCGGUUAUCUUCUGCAUUGUUCAACCAAUCCAGUAAAUGUGGAGGAGGAGUUAAGAUGGAGUGUCGCCUUGUUAACCGAGUUUAUAAACCCAGAGGCGCAACAUCGCGAGACUUCCGGGAACGCAUGUGAAGCACACCUGUGCCCGGUUUCCCAAAAGCAUCUUAAGGCUAAAUUCAUUGUUAGAACCGUCGUAGGAGCAUUGUUAGAUCUCCGAGAUGUUUCCCAAAACCAUUGUUAUUAACGUUGUCCUUGAAAAUGCUCAUAAUCUAACGCCUGCCUCAGACCACUCGUAGAACAGCUAAGUAGAUCCUUUUUAGCCCUAACGCGUCACUUUAUCCACAAAGAUCUCCACUAAACAACUUCAGGACAAAGUUGACUACCAAUACAAAGUUGCCAAUGUCUUUGCAUUUGAUACAAACAAGCAACGUAUAAAAAGAUGCUUCAAAUCAUGACCGAGAUGACUGCAUAAAAAUAUAAACAGUAGGCUAUAUGCCUAUUUAAAUCAUAUUGAAAUACAUUUAAUGUUCAAUCAAUUGAGUUCUGUUUUUGCUACUUGUAGGCCACUGUCUGUAAUUUCUCUCAAUAUAUUUGAUGAUGUGUAGCCUAACGUGCGCAAUGAUGUGCCAAAUCGAUGAUUUUAGUGCAUUUUUAUUGGGUAAGCAUUAGAAUAAGCCGCCUCAACAUUUUCAGCCGUAGGUGGUAAUAUCUCUCUAGGAGCUGAUCCGUUGUCAGUUUUGUGAAAUAAUUAUAAUGUUAAGGUAAGAUUUGAAUGGAGAAAGCUGAUCCGAGAGCAGCGCUCUCUUUAUUUCGAUCCUAUCAGUAUCGACGCAUGCUCCAACGACGAUACUUAGCGACUGUUCUCUCUGCGUGGUGUUUUGGGAAACCCAUGCUACAUCUUCGGCCUUUGUAGGAAAGAUGCAUUGUUAAAACACUUUUAAGUUCCAUCGCUAUCGGGAAACCAGGCCCAGGCUUGGGUUUGAGAAGCCAUUGAGAGAAUUAAAAAAUCCUUCCUUAGUUAAUUUUCUUGGAAUCUAAACGCACAGAUUCGAGCUAAUGUCUUAAGUAGUUGAACAUGUUAUUACUCCAACCUCUUGAAAGUGACAAACUGACACGUUUUCAUUUUCGUCCAAAACAACUUUGUAUCGAAGGAGUGCCUUUUGAUUUGAUGACAGUUAGACCCAGUGACGUAUUUCUGCGCAUGAGCUUAGCUAGCUAACGUCGCAAAGACAUUGCCAAACAGGCGUCAUCUGCGAUUUCGAUUGGGGAAGCAGUUUCUGCCUGUCUUUUAUUUGAAAACAUUUUUGGGGGUGUAUAUCAGAUUUAAUAUUGCAUAUAGAUUGUAGCUUCCAUCAAUGUAAUUGUCGGCAUCAUGGUGGGGUUAGGGGAACAUAAUGGAAAAUAUAUAUUAAAAAAAGAGAGCGAUAGAUAGAUAUCUCUCUCUUAAAAAAAUUAAAAUAAAUCCAUUUUAUGUUCCCCUAACCCCACCACCCCUCCCCUAAUUUGAGUAAACUAAUGGAAAACAACACUUAGGCUUCUACUUCCAGCUUAUACAUACUAUAUACAUUUUACAGACACAACAUAUUUUACAAUAGUUCUCUUUUUUAUUUGUUAUCCUUCAGCCACCCUCAACCCCUCCCAUCUACAGUGCAUUCGGAAAGUAUUCAGACCUCUUGACUUUUUCCACAUUUUGUUAAAAUUGAUUAAAUUGUUUUUUUCCCUCAUCAAUCUACACACAUACCCCAUAAUAUCACAUUUACAUAAGUAUUCAGACCCUUUACUCAGUACUUUGUUGAAGCACCUUUGGCAGCGAUUACAGGCUCGAGUCUUCUUGGGUAUGAUGCUACAAGCUUGGCACACCUUUAUUUGGGGAGUUUCUCCCAUUCUUCUCUGCAGAUCCUCUCAAGCGCUGUCAGGUUGGAUGGGGAGUGUCGCUGCACAGCUAUUUUCAGGUCUUUUCAGAAAUGAUAGAUCGGGUUCAAGUCCGGGCUCUGGCUGGGCAACUCAAGGACAUUCAGAGACGUCCCGAAGCCACUCCUGCGUUGUCUUGGCUGAUUGCUUAGGGUCAUUGUCCUGUUGGAAGGUGAACCUUCACCCCAGUCUGAGGUCAUGAGCGCUCUGGAGCAAGUUUUCAUGAAGGAUCUCUCUGUACUUUGCUCCGUUCAUCUUUCCCUCGAUCCUGACUAGUCUCCCAGUCCCUGCCGCUGAAAGAUCCCCAAAGCAUGAUGCUGCCACCACCAUGCUUCAUGCGUAGAGAUGGUGCCAGGUUUCCUCCAGACGUGAUGCUUGGCAUUCAGGCCAAAGAAUUCAAUGUUGGUUUCAUCAGACCAGAGAGUCUUGUUUCUCAUGGUCUGACAGUCCUUUUAGGCGACUUUUGGAAAACUCCAAGUGGCCUGAUUGGUGGAGUGCUGCAGAGAUGGUUGCCCUUCUGGAAGGUUCUCCCAUCCCCAGUCCCCAGCUCUGUCAGAGUGACCAUCGUGUUCUUGGUCACCUCCUUGACCAAGGCCCUUCUCCGAUUGCUCAUUUUGGCCAGGCGGACAGCUCUAGGAAGAGUCUUGGUGGUUCCAAACUUCUUCCAUUUAAGAAUGAUUGAGGCCACUGUGUUCUUGGGGACCUUCAAUGCUGCAGACAUUUUCUGGUACCCUUCCCCAGAUCUGUGCCUCGACACAAUCCUGUCUCCGAGCUCUACGGACAAUUCCUUAAUAAUAAUAAUAAUAAUAAUAAUAUGCCAUUUAGCAGACGCUUUUAUCCAAAGCGACUUACAGUCAUGCGUGCAUACAUGUUAUUUUUUUUUGUGUAUGGGUGGUCCCGGGGAUCGAACCCACUACCUUGGCGUUACAAGCGCCGUGCUCUACCAGCUGAGCUACAGAGGACCACGUCCUUCAACCUCAUGGCUUGGUUUUUGCUCUGACAUGCACUGUCAACUGUUGGGCCUUAUAUAGACAGGUGUGUGCCUUUCCAAAUAAUGUCCAAUCAAUUGAAUUUACCACAGGUGGACUCCAAUCAAGUUGUAGAAACAUCUCAAGGUUGAUCAAUAGAAACAGGAUGCACCUGAGCUCAAUUGAGUCUCAUAGCAAAGGGUCUGAAUACUUAUGUAAAUAAGGUAUUUAAUGUUUUUUAUUUGUAAUACAUUUGCAAACAUUUCUAAAAACCUGUUUUUGCUUUGUCAUUAUGUGGUAUUGUGUGUAGAUUGCUGAGGAAAACAUUUCAUUUAAUCAAUUUUAGAGUAAGGCUGUAACGUAACAAAAUGUGGAAAAAGUCAAGGGGUCUGAAUACUUUCUGAAUGCACUGUAUGUACAGUAUGUGUGGAUAUAAUAUGUAGAAAUCUGAAGAAUAGUAUAUGUACAGCAAUAGUUAAAUAUGUGAUGUACAAUAUACAUUUAGUCACGCUUGAGGGAGGCUUUUAAUGGAAGUAAUGAGAAUGAUGAAAGGUUUCAAGCAGAGCCAUAGAUAGAUAGAUGGAUAGAUGGCUCUGGUUUCAAGUAUUAUUUUACAUGGGGUAAUAUACUAAAGUAAAUGGUAGUAAUGCAAAUAGGUCUACUGCCUGCAUUUGAAAUAAAAGCAGGCAAGCAAAUUGAUUGAAUUGACCCUAACCUUGUUGUGAAAUGUAAACCGCAUGUACUGAAGGGCUCGCUUUUCUCUUUUUCAGCUGAGGCAGGGAUGCAUCCGGCAUCCAUCUGCAGUGAGCCACACUGGAUGUGAUAAGUUGGCGGGCCUUCUUCUGACCAGUGGGCGUGGCCAAUACCUGCAAGCAGCAGGUGUGGGCGCACCCCUUGAGUGGUGGGCGUUGCCAAAGCCCCUCUGCCUUUACUGUCAUUUGCUGUGACUGGAGAAGCAACCAGCUAGCUGACUGACCUUUCAUUAGUGGGGGGUGCCAGCCCAGCGUGAAGGGCGUGGCCUGUUAUGGAGAGCAUAAGUGGUAGCAGCGUGGACUCGAGAGCCACCCUUCGGGGCAUAAACACCACACCUCUCUCGGCCCGCAUAGAGUCUUACGAGGCGAGCGAGAAGAAGUGUAUCUCCGAUGUCAGGAGGACAUUCUGCCUCUUUGUCACCUUUGACCUCCUCUUCAUCACCUUGCUCUGGAUCAUUGAGCUCAAUGUAAGUAGUUUUUUUCAAUGCGCCAUGAAAGUGAAUACAGAUAAGUGCACUCUGGAUAUGUGCAAACUCCUGCAAUGAGUGUUUUCAGUCCCAAUUCAAUGACAUUAUAAUGAAUCGCUCCUGUUAACUUCUUGCUCCGGUUUAGGGCACACUGUCACUACAUGACAGUUGUACCAAGCUGUUGCAUUUAUCAGGCCCUUUCAUAGCUUAUUAACGUAUUGAUAGAGCUCAAUAUUAACUACUGUAGUUUAAGAUUAAUGUAUCGAUGUGUGAAUACUUUUUUAACACUACCUUUUGUUACUGGUGACGUGUAUCCAAAGGACACUUCAUUUACAGUGGGGAAUAAAAGUAUUUAGUCAGCCACCAAUUGUGCAAGUUCUCCCACUUAAAAAGAUGAGAGAUGCCUGUAAUUUUCAUCAUAGGUACACGACAACUAUGACAGACAAAUUGAGGGAAAAAAAAUCCAGAAAAUCACAUCGUAGGAUUUUUAAUGAAUUUAUUUGCAAAUUAUGGUGGAAAAUAAGUAUUUGGUCACCUACAAACAAGCAAGAUUUCUGGCUCUCACAGACCUGUAACUUCUUCUUUAAGAGGCUCCUCUGUCCUCCACUCGUUACCUGUAUUAAUGGCACCUGUUUGAACUUGUUAUCAGUAUAAAAGACACCUGUCCACAACCUCAAACAGUCACACUCCAAACUCCACUAUGGCCAAGACCAAAGAGCUGUCAAAGGACACCAGAAACAAAAUUGUAGACCUGCACCAGGCUGGGAAGACUGAAUCUGCAAUAGGUAAGCAGCUUGGUUUGAAGAAAUCAACUGUGGGAGCAAUUAUUAGGAAAUGGAAGACAUACAAGACCACUGAUAAUCUCCCUCGAUCUGGGGCUCCACGCAAGAUCUCACCCCUUGGGGUCAAAAUGAUCACAAGAACGGUGAGCAAAAAUCCCAGAACCACACGGGGGGACCUAGUGAAUGACCUGCAGAGAGCUGGGACCAAAGUAACAAAGCCUACCAUCAGUAACACACUACGCCGCCAGGGACUCAAAUCCUGCAGUGCAAGACGUGUCCCCCUGCUUAAGCCAGUACAUGUCCAGGCCCGUCUGAAGUGCAUUUGGAUGAUCCAGAAGAGGAUUGGGAGACUGUCAUAUGGUCAGAUGAAACCAAAAUAUAACUUUUUGGUAAAAACUCAACUCGUCAUGUUUGGAGGACAAAGAAUGCUGAGUUGCAUCCAAAGAACACCAUACCUACUGUGAAGCAUGGGGGUGGAAACAUCAUGCUUUGGGGCUGUUUUUCUGCAAAGGGACCAGGACGACUGAUCCGUGUAAAGGAAAGAAUGAAUGGGGCCAUGUAUCGUGAGAUUUUGAGUGAAAACCUCCUUCCAUCAGCAAGGGCAUUGAAGAUGAAAUGUGGCUGAGUCUUUCAGCAUGACAAUGAUCCCAAACACACCGCCCGGGCAACGAAGGAGUGGCUUCGUAAGAAGCAUUUCAAGGUCCUGGAGUGGCCUAGCCAGUCUCCAGAUCUCAACCCCAUAGAAAAUCUUUGGAGGGAGUUGAAAGUCUGUGUUGCCCAGCAACAGCCUCAAAACAUCACUGCUCUAGAGGAGAUCUGCAUGGAGGAAUGGGCCAAAAUACCAGAAACAGUGUGUGAAAACCUUGUGAAGACUUACAGAAAACGUUUGACCUGUGUCAUUGCCAACAAAGGGUAUAUAACAAAGUAUUGAGAAACUUUGGUUAUUGACCAAAUACUUAUUUUCCACCAUCAUUUGCAAAUAAAUUCAUUAAAAAUCCUACAAUGUGAUUUUCUGGAUUAUUUUUUCCUCAUUUUGCCUGUCAUAGUUGACGUGUACCUAUGAUGAAAAUUACAGGCCUCUCUCAUCUUUUUAAGUGGGAGAACUUGCACAAUUGGUGGCUGACUAAAUACUUUUUUUCCCCACUGUAAUAUAACAGACUUUUAAAAGCUAUAUUGGUGCACAAUUUCUACUUAAAAUAUCAAAGGCACGCUUUUUGUGGAACGACCCACAUAUUUUAUUGUAGUCCUGCAUACAGAGUUUACAUAACACUGCCUUUUACUUCUUGAAACGGGUGUAUUCAUUAUGCCGAUUUACUCCAAACGGAAACCAUUUUGCAACAAAAUCGAGAGUUUCUAUUGAAAAAUUCAGUAAGGUCCCUUCCCUUUUUGUUCCGUUUGGUUCUUAAAUGGUUUCCAUUGCAAGACGUAAUGAAUACACUCCUGGUUUCAGUGUCUUUUCACUGUGGGAAAAUAACACUUCUCAUUGUUAAAAAUAGUGGGCCAAUUUUAACCAACAUUGGCCACUAGAUUAUUGCCAGCUGAUCUCUCCUUAAACCAUUAAUACAUGCUAAAAUCACCCGCACAGCUGAUCUCAAUUGCAACCAUCAUCCGCCACCGAUUUUCCGCUCCAUAACACGGAUGGCAAAUGUACCAUUGCAAAUCUAUUAUGACAAUUUCUUAUCAAAUUUUGUCAUGUGCCGAAUACUACAGGUAUAGACUUUACUGUGAAAUGCUUACUUAUGAACCCUUUCCCAACAAUGCAGAGUUAAAGUUUAAAAAAAUUGCAAAAGAUUUAAGAAAAUGGUAACCCAAUAAAAUGGUGGUCCUCUGUAGCUCAGCUGGUAGAGCACGGCGCUUGUAACGCCAAGGUAGUGGGUUCGAUCCCCGGGACCACCCAUACACAAAAAAAAAAAAUGUAUGCACGCAUGACUGUAAGUCGCUUUGGAUAAAAGCGUCUGCUAAAUGGCAUAUUAUUAUUAUUAUUAUUAUUAUUAAAAUAACGAGACCAUAUACAAGGAUUACCGGUACCGAGUUAAUGUGCAGGGGUAUGAGGUAGUUGAAGUAAGUGAGGUAAUAUGUACAUGUAGGUAGGGGUAAAACGGACUAGGCAAUCAGGAUAGAUAAUAAACAGAGUAGCAGCAGCGUGUGUGUGUGUGUGAGAGAGCGUAUCUAGUGUAUGUGUGCAGAGUCUUUCCCUCGAUCACACCACAGAAAGCAGUGAGCUAGGCUGAAACACCUGCAUUUUGGAGCUGCCUUAUUCAAGAGACCAUGUUUGUAUGCGGCUUUAUUAACUUAAGGAUGAUUUUUUUUUUAAACUUUGUAUGCAAACUAAUAUAUAACAUCAAUUAAUGCCAAAAUAUACAAUUAUUUUGGGGGGGCUAAACAGGUAGGGCUCUUGAGGGUUCUGCCCCACCUGCCCUGAAUGACGGGUCGCCACUGAGGUUAUUUUGUAGUUGUAUUUUGUCAUUUACACUAACUUUCAAAAGUUUGGGGUCACUUAGAAAUGUCCUUGUUUUCGGAAGAAAAGUUAUUUUAAUGCUUUUCUUUCGAAAACAAGGACAUUUCUAAGUGACCCCAAACCUUUGAACGGUAGUGUACAUUAGAGUGUCUAGUUUGAGAAACAGACUCCUCACAGGUCCUCAACUGGCAUAUUCAUUAAAUAGUACCCGCAAAACACCAAUCUCAACGUCAACAGUGAAGAGGCGACUCCGGGAUGCUGACCAUCUAGGCAGAGUUGCAAAGUAUGUAAUGUAUUUGUCCUCUUGCUCAGUUGUGCACCGGGGCCUCCCACUCCUCUUUCUAUUCUGGUUAGAGCAAGUUUGCGCUGUUCUGUGAAGGGAGUAGUACACAGCGUUGUACAAGAUCUUCAGUUUCUUGGCAAUUUCUCGCAUGGAAUAGCCUUCAUUUCUCAGAACAAGAAUAGACUGACGAGUUUCAGAAGAAAGUUAUUUGUUUCUGGCCAUUUUGAUCCUGUAAUCGAACCCACAAUUGCUGAUGCUCCAGCACAACAGUUUUCAUCUAACAUAAUUGCAAAAGGGUUUUCUAAUGAUCAAUUAGCCUUUUUAAAAUGAUAAACUUGGAUUAGCAAACACAACUUGCCAUUGGAACACAGGACUGAUGGUUGCUGAUAAUUGGCCUAUGUACGCCUAUGUAGAUAUUCCAUUAAGAAUCAGCCGUUUCCAGAUACAAUAGCCAUUUACAACAUUAACAAUGUCUACACUGUAUUUCUGAUCAAUUUGAUGUUAUUUUAAUGGACAAAAAAAUUCUUUCGAAAACAAGGACAUUUCUAAGUGACCCCAAACUUUUGAACGGUUAUGUGUGUGCGUACACACACACACAGUACCAGUCAAAAGUUUGGACACACCUACUCAUUCCAGGGUUUUUCUUUUCUUUUUACUAUUUUCUACAUUGUAGAAUAAUAGUGAAGACAUCAAAACUAUGAAAUAACACAUAUGGAAUCAUGUAAUAACCAAAAAAGUGUUAAACAAAUCAAAAUAUAUGUUAUAUUUGAGAUUCUUCAAAGUAGCCACCCUUUGCCUUGAUGACAGCUUUGCACACUCUUGGCAUUCUCUCAACCAGCUUCAUGAGGUAGUCACCUGGAAUGCAUUUCAAUUAACAGGUGUGCUUUGUUAAAAGUUAAUUGUGGAAUUUCUUUCCUUAAUGCGUUUGAGCCAAUCAGUUGUGUUGUGACAAGGUAGGGGUGGUAUACAGAAAAUAGCUCCAUUUGGUAAAAGACCAAAUCCUUAUUAUGGCAAGAACAGCUCAAAUAAGCAAAGAGAAACGACAGUCCAUCAUUACUUUAAGACAUGAAUGUCAGUCAAUCCGGAAAAGUCUCAUGAGGACCGCCACAGGAAAGGAGGACCCAGAGUUACCUCUGCUGCAGAGGAUAAGUUCAUUAGAGUUACCAGCCUCAGAAAUUGCAGCCCAAAUAAAUGCUUCACAGAGUUCAAGUAACAGACACAUCUCAACAUCAACUGUUCAGAGGAGACUGCGUGAAUCAGGCCUUUAUGGCCGAAUUGCUGCAAAGUAACCACUACUAAAGGACACCAAUAAGAAGAGACUUGCUUGUGCCAAGAAACACGAGCAUUGGACAUUAGAACGGUGGAAAUCUGUCCUUUUGGUCCGAUGAGUCCAAUUUUGAGAUUUUUGGUUCCAACCGCCGUGUCUUUGUGAGACGCAGCGUAGGUGAACGGAUGAUCUUUGCAUGUGUGGUUCCACCGUGAAGCAUGGAGGAGGAGUUGUGAUGGUGUGGGGGUGCUUUGCUGGUGACACUAUCUGUGAUUUAUUUAGAAUUCAAGUCACACUUAACCAGCAUGGCUACCACAGCAUUCUGCAGCGACACGCCAUCCCAUCUGGUUUGCGCUUAGUGGGACUAUCAUUUGUUUUUCAACAGGACAAUGACCCAACACACCUCCAGGCUGUGUAAGGGCUAUUUGAUCAAGAAGGAGAGUGAUGGAGUGCUGCAUCAGAUGACCUGGCCUCCACAAUCACCCGACCUCAACCCAAUUGAAAUGGUUUGGGAUGAGUUGGACCGCAAAGUGAAGGAAAAGCAGCCAACAAGUGCUCAGCAUAUGUGGGAACUCCUUCAAGACUGUUGGAAAAGCAUUCCAGGCGAAGCUGGUUGAGAGAAUGCCAAGAGUGUGCAAAGCUAUCAUCAAGGCAAAGGGUGUCUAUUUGAAGAAUCUCAAAUAUAAAAUAUAUUUUGAUUCGCUUAACACUUUUUUGAUUACUACAUGAUUCCAUAUGUGUUAUUUCAUAGUUUUGAUGUCUUCACUAUUAUUAUGCAAUGUAAAAAAUAGUAAAAAAAUAAAGAAAAACCGUUGAAUGAGUAGGUAUGUCCAAACAUUUGACUGGUAGUGUAUGUAUGUAUAUGUUGUUGUUUUUUUUUUUGGGGGGGGGGGAUACUGUGUAUUUAUAUAGCAUUAUAUGAUAUAUUGCAUUUGGAAAAGAGACCUAUGUCUCAAUAAAAAAAUAUUUGAUUGCCUGGUUUAAUGGACCAAUGGAAUUAUGGCUGUCCCCAACAACAAAAACAUCUUGGUCGAAAAACGUGUAUUUUUCCCUAUGUGUUUUUAAUAAAAUCAACUAUAUGUCGGCUACUGAGCUUGUCUGAUGCUUUAAGCACACUAUGAUUUUAAAUAAUCAAGACACACAAAUGACUCGAGGGAGCCAGAGAACAAGAGAGCCUAACCAGAAUGGGGGAAAAACGGUUCCCGACCCUCCACCAAUAAAUUGCUGGCCUUUGCAGAUUCUGCCAUUAAGCUCCUGAAGUUGCCGGUAGGCAAUAGGCUCCACCAGGGGUGGAACAGUUUCAUUUCAUUUAUAAUAGUCUUUGUAUCUCAAAAUCAUUAUCAUGUGGUUAAUAACAAUUCUAAAAGUAACUUCUAUUGCCAACUAUGUAUAAAUAGCCUACAUAAAGCCAACAAAUAAAAACAUUGCAGCCUGCAGGUAUAAAAUGUCCUGAUUUUAAACAUUGUAUUAACUAUUAUCUUGGUUGGGGCCUGAAGCUCCCGCUAGCAAACUUGCAACAUUGUAUACAUUUUCUGGGCCCUCAGAGUUUCCCGCACCAUUGAGCUCCGGACAGACAUAGCUGUAGGAUAUUUGCGCAAGGGAUAAGAAGUAAUCAGGUAGUCCUAUUUUUAUGACGUUUCCACCGGAUCAGAGCAUGACGUUUUUAUUUUUUUUUCCUAUCACGCCGAGUGGUUAUCGAAAGAGAGCUGGAAAGAUUUUUCACAUAGGCUAAGUUGAGGAACUAUUGUCAUUCUCAAUGGAUUUUUAAAAACAGACUUUGUUCACUUGCUGUUUGAGGUGAAGAAAAAAUUACUUUGAGAAGCUCCACAGUGGUGGUGAGUUAAGACAAUCAGAAAUACUAUCAGAUCCCCAAAUGGGCACAUUUAUAGGCCUACAUUUGCGCCGCAGGCCAGGUAGCCUAGGCCUACUUCUAUGUAUAAUCAGGUGCGCGUCCUUACUCAACAUUGACAGGAGCGUUACCAACAAAAUACCAAUUAAUGAAUUAAAAACUCGUAAAUGGAAUGAAAUAAACCAAAACUGUAGCCUAGGUUGUGCGGUCUGCAAACAACGUGUCCACUCUGACAAUGACAACAGUAAAAUAAUGUAAUAGUAAUAUAUUGAAUGCAUUAACAUAACAUAAAGCCCUAAAUGGAAUAGUCCCAAAAUUGCAAACCCCACCCAUCUGACACUCCAGGCAGGCUAGAGAACACUCAAAGUAUAGUAUUUGAACACCUUUCUGACACACACACCACACACCACACACACACACACACACUUCUUUCCUUACAGGCCUGAAGGAUAAUCCACAUAAUCAUCUGUGUCCCUGUCCGAUUACGAAAAUCAUAUGUCACAAACGUUUCUAUCAAAUUCUAUCAAUUUGCUUUGUUUAUAACUUCAAGUAGAUUAAAAUUCAACUCUUGACUUGAGGUUCCCCUUGGGGGCAGAGGUGCUCUGAGGGAAGGGGUGCACCUCUCCUGCCAGUGGGUCCCUCUUCCCACUGAUCCCCCUCCAGCCCAGAGAGGACUUCAAGAACAUCCUGCUGUCGUCCAAACCGUUGUGAUAAAAUAAAGUGUUUUUAUUGAAAACUUCAAUGCUGCGGUAUUCUAGUAGGAGUGUAUACAAGUGUAGUAGUCUGAGUGUAGUUAUUUCUGAUUAAAUGUGUUAUCUAACUGCCCCACAAUACAAAGUAAUAAGGUUGAUAUAGUAGUAUAUAAAAGUAAUCAGACCAAUUAUUUUACUACAUUUAACUGACUAUAUUUAAGUAAAACUUGUUAAACUUAAACCACCACAAAAAUGCUUACAUAGAGGUAAAGCAAGUCCCACAAUUUUAUUUCAUUUAAAAUGACCAUCUUAUUUUCGCAGAAGAGUACCCUCGACGUAGGCAUAAUUUGGCUUAAUUGUCUGCAAUUAAACGUGUUAACUAAAUCAUCAUAGUUGACAGGAUACAUUUACAGUCUAAACAGUCUAAUUUUAUUUCAGUUGUAAUGUCACAUUCUUCCACUUUAUUUUUAUUUUUAUAUUUUGUUCCUGAUAGGAUGUUUCAUCAUUGGGGCGGGAGUAGUGGCCAUUUACCAUGCCAUUUCUGCUGUCUAGUAUUAAGGCGGCUUGACAUCGUAACAGCGUCAGAUCAGCUUGUCUACUAGUUUUAGUCCGCUGUUUUUUUCGUUGCAACCAGGGUUAUUUUAGCUCGGAGCGCCGCGUAAUCUCCCAUUAGUAGCGUGUUAAGAAAUACAGCGGUAACCUGCAGGUAAGACGCAGGUUCCGCGUCUUUGUUGCAAUCAGGCCAGUGUUCCUGUUUGAAUCAGGUUAAGGUUGAGUUUAUCAAUGACAGGGUUAGCUUUUGUUAUUGGAAAAGUCCAGAUAGUCCCUCCCUGGUUCAGUCUGUUUGCUUCCGUUUCCUUUUGAGUAUCUUGGCAUAGUAAUAAUGAAUUUAUGGUUAUGCAAACACAACUUUGAGACAGAGCCCUGCAGGUGGAAGUGUUUUUUACUACAGGACAACCUGUCUGUACCAGUUUCUACACUAUGACCCUUUUUGACCUUUUUUAAAAAUAGUAACACACAUAGACUUAUCUCAGGCUUUUCAAUCUAUGAAUGAACUGAUAUCACCUUGUUCAUGUAAUAUUUACUCCCUCUGUCUCUGAAGUAACAUUUUGACCUGUUGAUCAACUACAUUGCCAAUGCCAACACAGUUGUUAGUCGUUACAGAAAUGCAUGCCAAUCACGGAUAACAAUAUAAUUAGUGGAAAUAUGGCGUCAAUAGCAAGUCGCAUGAUUUUAAAGGGGGAACAUUGAAAAUGUUUGGUAUUUUAAGAAUUAAUUGAAUCGAUAUGACAAGUUAAUUCGAUGUAUUGACUACAGAUUUGGGUAUGUUGCAUCGGUCUUAUCUGUUAAAUCCAUUCCUUUUGUUUUUGUCUUCAUAGGUGAACGGAGGGAUCGAGAAGCGGCUCGAUAAGGAGGUUCUACACUAUGACUACCACGCCUCAUUCUUCGACAUAUUUGUAAGUCCAGGAUGCUAUCUCUAUGCUCAGUCAGAGUACAGUGCUCAUUUGUUAUCCAGAUCAGGCAGAAAUGAUGAUGUAAAUUGCGACUGAAUCUCUCUCUAACACAGCUCCUGGCUGUGUUACGGUUUGCAGCCCUAAUCUUGGCCUAUGCAGUGUGUAAACUGCGUCACUGGUGGGCCAUAGCGGUAGGUGAACCGUCCUAUGCCUCAAACACAUUUUCACAUUUGCUACACUAGAGGGCGCUGUUGCUCUUCUAGUAACAAGUCCUGGCUAGGUCCUGUGUUACGUAUUCAUUGUGCCUGUUUUCAGUCGAGCAAUGAAUCGAAUAGACAGUAAUUGCAUGGCAACACAUUUCCUGUUAGUCUUUCAUUAGUCCACUUAUGAUGCUGUGCCAUAUUUUAUUUUCAUGAUUUCAUUUUUACGGAUGUAAUAAUGUAUUUAAUGCCAACUACAAAAAGUAAUUGUUUACUGAUCCAUGUCUUUCCAUCACAGAUAACCACAGCAACCACAAGUGCUUUCCUGAUCGCAAAAGUCAUUUUAUCAAAGGUAUGCUUUUAUUACAGUAGAUCUGACAUAAUUUUAACAGGAAAAAUGAAAAUGGAUUUCAUCAUUUGAAUACAAUAGGAGAGAUAUGCAUUACGUCUUCUCUCUGACAUAUUUGAAGGAUGGUAAGAUGUUUAGAUUUUUCAUGUUUUAAUUGAGAAUCGAAUAAUGUAAGCAUUGCUGUAGGACCUGGUGUUGGUGCAUGUCAGUGUUUUUGUCAGUAUGCAAGUAACAAAUAUGUUUGCUUAUGUGUUUUUUGGUAUAUGAACUAAGAGCAAGUCAGUUUGAAAUGUAAUAGUUUUUUUGUGUUUGUCUGCGUGUUCCAGCUCCUUUCCCAGGGGGCCUUUGGGUACCUGCUGCCCAUCAUCUCUUUCAUCCUGGUCUGGAUAGAGACGUGGCUACUAGACUUUAAGGUCCUACCUCAGGAGGCUGACGAUGAGAACAGUGAGUAUGAGAAACUCUCCCGUCGCACUCCUAUGGUGCGUCCCAAUAAUAUCUCCUUUCUCCUGAAGUGUACACCCCUUCACCACUUCCCACAAAUCUAAAAGCAUUGGAUUGGUGGAGGCAUGGGCUACAGGGAGUCUUCACCAUGUUUAUGAACAGUCAUUUCCUUUCAAAUCAGGAAAUGAAAGGGAAGUGAACAAGUACACACUUUGGGAGGAAUAGAGAUAAUUGGGACGUAGCCCUAGACAAUCUUCUAAAUUGACUUUAUUGAUUCACGCUCACAGUUUACAGAAACUGAAGAAAUACAGAAUUUACAUCAUAAAAAUGUAAUAUAAAAACACAUGUAGAACACAUGGGUUACAUAUCCUUUUGUCUUGAUUGGAGUCAUUGUAUUGUUAAAAGAUCAUUUAAAAAAAAACAUUUAAGAGCUCAAAUUAUUGUAGUGGGUCUCUUUUGACAAACAAACUUGCAAUUCUGCUGUUUUCCUUCACUGCAUUCAGCGAAACAUGACCGCAUCUGUAUAUGCAGUGCAUUCGGAAAAUAUUCAGACCCCUUCACUUUUUCCACAUUCUGUUACGUUACAGCCUUAUUCUAAAAUGGAUUAAAUAAAACAUGUUGUCAUCAAUCUACACAAAAUACCCCAUAACGACAAAGCGAAAACAGGUUUUUAGAAAUUGUAGCAAAUUAAUAAAAAAAACUAAAACACAAAUACCUUAUUUACAUAAGUAUUCAGACAUUUUGCUAUGAGACUCGAAAUUGAGCUCAGGUGCAUCCUGUUUCCAUUGAUCAUCCUUGAGAUAUUUCUACAACUUGAUUGGAGUCCACCUGUGGUAAAUUCAAUUGAUUGGACAUGAUUUGGAAAGGCACACACCUGCCUAUAUAAGGUCCCACAGUUGACAGUGCAUGUCAGAGCAAAAAACAAGCCAUGAGGUUGAAGGAAUUGGCCGUAGAGCUCCAAGACAGGAGUGUCGAGGCACAGAUCUGGGGAAGGGUACCAAAACAUUUCUGCUGCAUUGAAGGUCCCCAAGAACACAGAGGCCUCCAUCAUUCUUAAAUGGAAGAAGUUUGGAACCACCAAGACUCUUCCUAGAGCUGGCCGCCCAGCCAAACUGAGCAAUCGGGGGAGAAGGGCCUUGGUCAGGGAGGUGACCAAGAUCCCGAUGGUCACUCUGACAGAGCUUCACAGUUCCUCUGUGGAGAUGGGAGAACCUUCCAGAAGGACAACCAUCUCUGCAGAACUCCACCAAUCAGGCCUUUAUGGUAGAGUGGCCAGACGGAAGCCACUCCUCAGUAAAAGGCACAUGACAGCCCGCUUGUAGUUUGCCAAAAGGUACUUAAAGGAUGCAGACCAUGAGAAACAAGAUUCUCUGGUCUGAUGAAACCAAGAUUGCCUGAAUGCCAAGCGUCACGUCUGGAGGAAACCUGGCACCAUCCCUACGGUGAAGCAUGGUGGUGGCAGCAUCAUGCUAUGGGGAUGUUUUUCAGCGGCAGGAACUGGGAGACUAGUCAGGAUCGAGGGAAAGAUGAACGGAGCAAAGUACAGAGAGAUCCUUGAUGAAAACCUCCUCCAGGGCACUCAGGACCUCAGACUGGGAUGAAGGUUCACCUUCCAACAGGACAACAACCCUAAGCACACAGCCAAGACAACGCAGGAGUGGCUUCUGGUCAAGUCUCUGAAUGUUCUUGAGUGACCCAGCCAGAGCCCGGACUUGAACCCGAUCAAACAUCUCUGGAGAGACGAUCUGCAGAGGAGAAUGGGAGAAACUCCCCAAAUGCAGGUGUGCCAAGCUUGUAGCAUCAUACCCAAGAAGACUCAAGGCUGUAAUCGCUGCCAAAGGUGCUUCAACAAAUUACUGAGUAAAGGGUCUGAAUACUUAUGUAAAUGUCUUUUUUCAGUUUUAAAUGUUUAACAAAUUUGCACAAAAUAAUUUGUCGUUAUGGGGUAUUGUGUGUAGAUUGAUGAGGGGGGAAAAAAAACAAUUUAAUCAAUUUUAGAAUAAGGCUGUAACGUAACAAAAUUUUGAAAAAGUCAAGAGGUCUGAAUACUUUCCGAAUACUUCAGAAAGUAUUCAUACCCCUUGACUUAUUCCAUAUUUUGUGUUGCAGCCUGAAUUCAACAUGGAUCAAGUUGUUUGUUUUUCUCACCCAUCUACACACAAUACCCCAUAACGACAAAGUGAAAACAUGUUUUUAGAAAUGGUAGCAAAUUUAUUGAAAAUGAAAUGCAGAAAUAUCUAAUUUACAUAAGCAUUCACACCCCUGAGUCAAUACAUUUUAGAAUCACCUUUGGCAGGGAUUACAGCUGUGAGUCUUUCUGGGUAAUUACUUGAUAGCCAUUUUCAAGUCUUGCCAUAGAUUUUCAAGCCGGUUUUAAGUCAAAACUGUAACUAGGCCAAUCGGGAACAUUCAAUGUCGUCUUGGUAAGUAACUCCUGUGUAUAUUUGGCUUUGUGUUUUGUCCUGCUGAAAGGUGUAUUUGUCUGUUGGAAAGCAGACUGAACCAGAUUUUCCUCUAGGAUUCUGCCUGUGCGUAGCUCUAUUCCGUUAAUGUUUACUCCUGAACUUAUUUAGGCUUGCCAUAACAAAGGGAUUGAAUACUUAUCGGCUCAAGACAUUUCAACUUUUCAUUUUUAAUUCCUUUGUAAAAAUGUCGAAAAACAUAAUUCCACUUUGACAUUAUGGGUGUAUUGUGUGUAGGCCAGUGACACAACAUCUCCAUUUUAAAUAAAAGUCAAGCGGUGUGAAUACUUUCUGAAGGCACUGUACAAGUGAUACUAUGUUGUUACAGUGACACUUAUGUGUCAUCAUUGUGUUUUCAUCCCAUCAGGAUUUCUUUCUAUAAUGGACGCCCCUGAAAGGGCCCCCUUCAUGCACCCAGGACCACUUUCAGAUGGGCAGUUCUACUCCCCGCCCGAGUCUGUGGCAGGUGAAAGCCCAAACAGAUGUUCCUUUGUGUGGGAAUCUAAGGUUUAAACUGACAUUUUACGGGCCUGUAUGUGGCGAAUGUUGUAGCUAUUUAAGCUGUGUUUAAUCUCUUUGUGGGAUUCACAGUGUAUAAGUAUCUUUUAAACAACAUCAACGAGCAAUUUCGUUUUGGCACCAACGACUGGUAUGACAAAUAUUAGAGAAGCUCUCUGGCAACCAAGACAGUAGAGCCGUAUGAAGUGUCAUCAGAAUAAUAUCUCGUAUCUGUAUACUCUGAAACAAUAUCACCAUGCAGUGACACGUGUCAUUUUCAAAUCCAUUUAUUGCACAGCUUAUUUAAACUAUUUCCUGUGUCUGUGUGUGUUUUGGUAUUUUCUUAAUCUAUUCAAUUUUUUUGUGCUUGCUCCGUUUGUAGAUUCGGAUGAGGAGCUGCUGGAUGACAAAUGCGACCCGGAGAAGGCUCUUAUUUAGCAGGUAGCUAUACUGUCUGUACCACUCAAACUAAUGAGGCAAACUAAUUAGGCGUCUUGAAGGUAACUGAAUAAAAUCGAUGGUCUUUUGGUGUCUAGAAUAGUGCAUAUAAUAGGUAGGAUUUAUUUAGAGUGUUAUAAAUAAGUGCUUCUAACACUCCAGCGUUAUGGAUGUUACAUUUGCACGCAAAAUCACAACUUUGUGUCUAUAGUACCAUUUUAGGGCAUUGGUAUUCAAACUUUUUCAGCGGGGACCCCACCCCAGAUCUAAUGACACUACCUUAAAAUCUGUACAUUUUCUCAAUAAAAUUGUAUUUAGUUAAUUAUCUUUCUCAAAUCUGUACUCAAUUAUUUUAGUUCCUAAAUUAUUAUUAUUGGAUUUUUUUGGGGCGACCCAACUGCAGUUCCCCCACACCCCGACUUUGACUACCACUGCCUUAAGGCGUCUGCAUGCUUCCCAGCCGAAACAGUUCGGAAGAGUUCGUGCAUAUAUUAUGAUUACAUUUUGUGACGUUUUUGUUCGUUUUGUACUUCGGUAAGGUUUUUUUAGGCUGUUUGGGCACACACAUUUUUUUCUCAAGGCCAGCCGAAGUUCGGGAGCCGACGUGUACGCCCCUUCGUCCGAGCUUUGUCAGUGGUAGGGAUUCUUCAAUAAAGUCUUUGUCAUUCAACGAGAGAUGGCUUGUUUUCAUGCACAUUUUUUCAUUGAGAAAUACUGCACCAAACAUCUUAGAUGUAGAAUUGCACGACUACGAUCUCAUUGGUAAAAACUUAAAAAUUAAUGACAGAUUUCUUGAGUUAUCAACUGGUUAUGGCGUCUUGAAAUUGACAAAUAGUACUAUUUGCAGCUUUUAUUCGCCUUUUUCAAGAGAAGGUAUUUUAAGGGAGUAUGCGAGCACACUCGUCCGGUUCGCCUAGCAGACUUUGGCUGGCCACCAGCCGAACUGAAGCAUGCUGACGCCUUUAGGGGGAGUGUAUACCCAAAAAAGCAAACUUCUAAAAUAUUUGUAUGUUGGAGAAAUAAAGCAAAUGAGAAGCAUUAUGGAUGUUACAUGAAAUAGACAAGCUUUUUGGGGAGACUGAACAUAUAAGCAAAAGUCUGUGCGUUGCUAAGUCUUAGGUCAAAACAUGGAUAGCCAUUCUCAAAGAAUUCAAAAACGAUAAUAUAGAAAUAUUGCUAUUUCCAUUAUUACGUUAGAGAGCAAAAACGACCAUUAUGGAUGUUAGUCUGAAAUCAUAAAAUCUAUCAUAACGCAUUUGUCAUUUGCAAUGUUUUUAAAAAGACAGCAUUAGGCAUAGUACCUGCAUAAUUAUUUAUUAUAUUAUUUAUAAUUACAGUUAGCCUGAAUAAUACACACAGCGAGACUCCACACCACAUAGGUUAUUUUUCUCUCUCUUUAUAAAUAUCUAAAUGACCCUUUACCAGUUGAUUGUAGACCCAAAGAUAAGCGUUUUUUUUGUAUGAAAUAUUGUAACAAUAUGCAAAUGAGGCAUGUGCCUAUACUGCCAAUCCAUUUUUCUGGACACUGGAUGAAAUCAGUAUAUUUUGGGGGGCUUUCAUUUGAAAAAGACACUCCAGGACUAUUCACAGUUAGUUGAUAAGCACUCUUCUCAUCUUUCUAUCUAAAAACAUUGUACUGCCAUGUAUGAGAAAUCAAUUUCAGCAUAUAGUUUCCAAGAUAAUCUUAGCUAGAACACAUCAUUUUCAAGAUAUCAACAAUUGCGUCAGUAAAAGUAUGAAGAAUAUAUCUUGGAACAAGCACACAAAAUGUGGUGAAUGCACAAGCUUCUGAAGCUAAGAUAUGAUGCAUCAAUAUCCAUCACAUCCACAACCGUUAUGGAUCUCAUAACGCUGAAAAUGGAUACUAAAAUUGAAAAGAGAGAAACUAAUUACAGACCAUAUGAAACAUUGAUGAAUGAAAGUUAGCUUUACAGAGGAAGUUUCAAGAUCAGAUGUAAGGUGCAUGUUUUACAAAAACUUUUCCUAAAAAACGUUAUGUUACAUUGCCUGUAAAAUCCCCAUCAAAAUCCGCCAAUUUAAGAUAGAUGUUUUUUAUUAUUAUUAUUUGUUUUGCUCUACGACCCCCACACGUGUCAGGGGACUUGUCUGAAGUCUGUUUGUAGCGUCCGAACCUUCUCUUUCCAUGACAUACACUGACCAGGUGAAUCCAGGUGAAAGCUAUGAUCCCUUAUUGAUGUCACCUGUUAAAUCCACUUCAAUCAGUGUAGAUGAAGGAGAGGAGAUGGGUUAAAGAAAGAUUUUUAAGCCUUGAGACAAUUGAGACAUGGAUUGUGUAUGUGUGCCAAUCAGAGGGUGUAUGGGCAAGACAAAAUAUUUAAGUGCCUUUGAACGGGGGGUAUGGUAGUAGGUGCCAGGCGCACCGGUUUGAGUGUCAACUGCAACGCUGCUGGAGUUUUGACGCUCAACAGUUUCCCGUGUGUAUCAAGAAUGGUCCACCACCCAAAGGACAUCCAGCCAACUUGACACAACUGUGGGAAGCAUUGGAGUCAAUAGGGCCUGCAUCCCUGUGGAACACUUUCGACACCUUGUAGUCCAUGCCCUGACAAAUUGAGGCUGUUCUGAGGGCAAAGGCGGGGGUGCAACUCAGUAUUAGGAAGGUGUUCCUAAUGUUUUGUACACUCAGUGUAAAUUGUAUGCGCAAAGAAAUUGGGAAAUUAUAUUAUUUUAUACCACAGUUGCUCAGAGAAAGAGAUUGUGUUUAACAAGUAAUAAAACAAAAUCUCAAAAAGGUAAAGGUCAAAAUGAUUGCCACCCCAGUUUUCAAUACUCCGGCACCUUCCCCUUGUGAGGAUAUUGGAACUGAUCCUUUUUCUAAAAUGUUUUAUGAGAUUGGAAAACAAAUUAGGAGGGAUCUUAGACCAUUCCUCCAUACAUAAUCUUUCCAGAUCAUUGAUACUUCGUCUGCACUUAUGGACUGCCCUUUUCAAUCAAACCACAGGUUUUCAAUGGGGUUCAAGUCCAGAGAUUGAUAUGGCCAUUGCAAAAUGUUGAUUUUGUGGUCAGUUAACCAUUUCUUUGUGGAUUUUGAUGUGUGCUUGGGGUAAUUCUUUUUGCUGGAAGAUCCACUUGCGGCCAAAUUUCAGCCUCCUGGCAGAGGCAACCAGGUUUUUGGCUAAAAUGUCCUGGUACUGGGUAAAGUUCAUUUUGUCGUUGACCUUAACAAGGGGCCCAGGACCAGUGGAAGCAAAGUAGCCCCAUAACAUCAAAGGUCCACCACCAUAUUUUACAGUAGGUAUGAGGUACUUUUCUGCAUAUGUAUUCUUCUUUCGACGUCAAACCCGCCACUGGUGUGUGUGGCCAAAGAGCUCUAUUUUCAUGUCAUCUGACCAUAUCACCGGUUCCAAUCCAAGUGCCAGUGCCGUUUAGCAAACUCCAGGUGUUUACGUUUGUUGGAUGACAUGAACAUUUAGCUCUUUGGCUAUGCACACCAGUGGUGGGUUUGGUGUUGAAAGAAGGAUACAUAUGCAGAAAAGUACCUCAUACUUACUGUAAAAUAUGGUGGUGGAUCUUUGAUGUUAUAGGGCUAUUUUGCUUCCACUGGUUAAGGUUAACGGCGUAAUAAACUUUACCCAGUACUAGGAUAUUUUAGCCAAAAACCUGGUUGCCUCUGCCAGGAGGCUGAAACUUGGCCACAAGUGGAUCUUGCGGCCAAGUUUCGUAUACAAUAAUAUAAUUUAAUAUAGCAAUAUAGUAUACAAUAUAGCUCAGUAUUUGUAUUAUUUAUUUUAUUUUUUUGCAAAUCUUUAUCAAGGGUGCCAAGAAUUUAGGAUCUGACUGUAUAGGUGUGAAAAACACCCCCCACCUUUUGCCCUCAGAACAGCCUCAAUUCGUCGGGGCAUGGACUCUACAAGGUGUCAAACGUUCUACUGGGAUGCUGGCCCAUGUUACCUCCAAUAUUUCCCGCGGUUGUCAAGUUGGCUGAAUGUCCUUUGGGUAGUGAACCAACCUUGGGGGAAACUGUUGAGCGUGAAAAACCCAGCAGUGUUGCAGUUCUAGACUCAAACCGGUGGGCCUGGCACCUACUACCAUACUCUGUUCAAAGGCACUUAAAUCUUUUGUCUUGCCCAUUCACCUUCUGAAUGGCACACAUACACAAUCCAUGUCUCAAUUGUCUCCAAGGCUUAAAAAUCAUUCUUUAACCUGUAUCUUCAUCUACACUAAUCAAAGUGGAUUUAACAAGUGACAUCAAUAAGGGAUCAUAGCUUUCACCUGGAUUCACCUGGUCAGUCAGUCAUGGAAAGAGCAGGUGUUCCUCAUGUGUAUAUACACUCAGUGGCCAGUUUAUUAAGUACACCACCCCGUUCACAAAAAUUGUUUGCUCCUACGGACAGUGAGUCACGUGCUAUAUAAAGCAGGCAGACUGGCAUCGAGGCAUUCAGUUACUGUUCGAUUGAAUGUUAGAAUGGGCAAAAUGAGUACCUAAGCGACUUUGAAUGUGGUAUCAUCGUCGGUGUCAAGCGCGCUGGUUCCAGUAUCUCAAAAACGUCCGGCCUCCUGGGCCUUUCACGCACGAUGGGUUUACCGAGAAGGGUGCGACAAACAAAAAACAUCCAGUCAGCGGCAGCCCUGUGGGCAAAAACAGCUCGUUGAUGAGAGGUCGAAGGAGAAUUGCAAGAAUCUUGCAAGCUAACAGGCAGGCCACAAACGGGCAAAUAACGGUGGUGUGUAGAUUGGCAUCUCGGAACGCACAACUCGUCGGUCCUUGUCACGGAUGGGCUAUUGCAGCAGACAACCACAACAGGUUCCACUCCUAUCAGCUAAAAACAAGAAGCGGCUCCAGUGGGCAUGCGAACACCAACACUGGACAAUUGCCUGGUCUGACAAAUCCCGGUUCCUGAUGCUUCAUGCUGAGUCAGGAUUUGGCAUAAGCAGCAUGAGUCCAUGGCCCCAUUAAGCCUGGUGUCAACGGUACAGGCUGGUGACGGUGGUAUAAUGGUGUGGGGAAUGUUUUCCUGGCACAUGUUAGGUCCCUUGAUACCAAUUGAGCAACGUUUCCAUGCCCUGAAGAAUUCAGGCUGUUCUGGAGACAAAGGGUGGUCCGACCCGGUACUAGAUAGGUGUACCUAAUAAACUGGCCCCUUAGUGUAUGUGUAAAUAUAUAAGCCGAAUGAUAAUGUUGACAUGAAAAUACUUCCAUAAUACUGUAUUUUUAGGACAGUAUUUCUGGUUUGAUGUAGGUCAUAAUAGAAUUGCUGUUUUGCUUGCUUAUAACAUGCUUUGUUUUUUUUGUUUUUGAGAAGUACCAGUGGGAGGUGAAUCACGUUUGAAGAUUCACAACUUUGAGUGACUGCAUCCAAAGUUACCCAAGUGCUCACAGCUGCUGCCCCAUCUAACCAUGGGGGAAGACAGCCUUACAACCACUGCAUGUUCUAUAUCCCUCCACUGAGAGAUCUUUAUUCCUAAGCCAAUCACCCUCUACACACCUGCUUCAUAUCCCUUCGCCUCUUCACUCAAGCUUCCAAACAGUUGUUUUUAAAGAACUGAGUACAUACUGUUAGUUUUUUUUGUUGCCAGAUAUAAACAAGAUCCUGAUGUGCUUAUUCUUGUGUCUCUUGCUGAUAUGUUUAGAAGCUCCGUGGCUCCAAAAUCAGUUCAGAAUUUGACUGAGAAGUCAGCAUGUGCAGUGUGUGCCAAUUUCAAGUGUGAACACUGGGCUGUUGAGCCCUAAAGAUGGCACUUGAAUAUAAAUAGAUUGCUUAAUAUCAAUAGAACAUAUGUUCAGAGUAAACUCCUUUAGACCGCUGUCAAGGGGGGAAAAUAGAAUAGACUACAUAACCAACACAGCUGUGCCUGCAUAUGUAAAAACUUCAGUCCGUAAUCUAAAUAUGUCCGAAUGCAUGACUUUGGGAACUCAAUGAAUGGGAAUGGAACAAAUUGUAUACAGUAUACUUUUUAAUCACUGGAAAGUGUUAUACCGUUUUGUUUUCUAAACUGACAUUUUGGAAGGAUAAGGGCAUUGUUAGCCCGGAAACUUCUUAGUAAACUUUCCACUUGGCUUUGCAAAAUGUAUCAAUAUACAAAUAAAAAAUGUCAGAAUAAAUUUUCCAUGAAUUCAUAUUAGAGUUCAACACUGCUAUCUUUCACACCACCUGGACGUUUCAUACUUUAAUCAAAAUGUCUGCAAUCAUUCACAUCUGCAUGUUAUGUUUUCAAGUGAACCGUCCGAGAGCUUUUUAUGCAGAAGCAGACUAAUGGAGGUGGUGCUCUUACCAUUGUGAAUGCAGUUCCACACAUGGGAAUACGCAAACAAAUAGCUAACAGAGGGAACCGUUUCAUGUAGUGGUUAACUAACAGGAGUUGUGUUAGCAUGAAUUAAUAUAACUCCCACCAUUUCUAUUCACCAUGACAGGACUAUGAAAAUGGCAAUAAAAUAUGUCAAAAACAUGUUUCCUCAGACUAUCACAAUCACGGAUCCCAGUUGUGUGUACAUGUCACCAUGGAAAUAACAUAGGUUGGAUGUAGAUUUUACAUUGAAAUGUAUCUUUGAUAACCUUUGUUAUUAGGUUCACCUCUGAAAAUGUACUUGUGUUGGCAUGUAAUGCUCUUAACUUGCAUUCAUAAUUAGUGUAUGCUGAUUCAUGGACCUGUAAUCAAGAAUUUCAAUGCGAUCAGCGGUAGAUCCGCGUAAUAGUGCGCUUAACAUUUAAAAGUAAUUUCCGAUUGAGCCGAAAUACAGUUUACAGCACUUACCGUGAAUGCAGUUUCCGUGAACACGGGAACAUUGGCUUUUUAUAAAAGGUGCAUGCUGUAGCCGACAAUGCGCAAUCGGAUUGAAUCCCGGCCCUA